AUGGGAGCAACAGCAGAGCAUAGCGAGCAGUCUGAAGACACAUGUGUAAUAUGUCUUUCACAAGUCACCGAAAGGGCAAUCACGGUCCCCUGUAAUCACCACAACUUUGACUUUGUGUGUCUCGUGAGCUGGCUCCAGGAGCGGUCCACUUGCCCCUUAUGCAAGACAGACGUUACUGCUGUUCAGUACGAUUGGAGAUCAUCUGACGAUUUCAAGAGCUACAGUAUUCGCCGUACCCACACUCCCAAGGACCAAUCUACUAUUACCGACCAUGGACACUUAUCACAUUUCGCUCCAUAUGGAUUGCCAAGCCGACGAAGGUGUACUCACCGCCCAUUCUCUCCUCCCGCGGAUGAUCCAGCCUUGCGCAGACGUCGAGAGAUCUAUCGAAAGGGGCUCUACUCACUACACGUAGGCAGCAACCCGUAUUCUGGCUACCGCGAUGUAACCCCUCAAAUGAUCGCUGGGGACCCAGAGCUACAGUCUCGAGCUCGUACUUGGAUACGGCGUGAACUGCGUGUCUUCAGCUUUCUUCACACGGGCCCUUCGGGCUCGGCAUCCCAGGCAGCCACGACGAGCAGCAAUGCUGAGUUCUUGCUUUCGUACAUUGUGUCUAUCCUGAAAAUGGUAGACAUCAAGGCCAGCAACGGGAAUGCAGAGAACCUUCUCACCGAGUUCCUGGGACGAAGAUGUAGCAGACUGUUUCUGCACGAGCUCAGCGCCUGGUUGAGAAGCCCACAUACCAGGUUGAAGGACUGGGACGAGGAAGUGCAGUAUCAGGAUGGUUGA